CUAGUCAGGUUACUCUUAAUAUUCUUAGAUGCCAGGGCCAGGAUAUCUUGUGUUGGUGUAGUGUUUUGGUAGUGCUUUUGACUUCCACAUUACAGACCCUUCCGUUAAUCAGUGGUGAUGGCUAUUGGCUUUAUUUCAGGAGGCCUACUUCUCCUGUGUGCAGUAACCUGUGCCUUAUGGGACCCUAAAAGCUCAAUGCAGCAGUCCUCCAAACAGAUUCCCAUUACAGUUGAGUGCCGAGAUCGCCACCUGUUUAUCUCCACAGAUCUCCCACCCUCUGGCAAUGAACCUCAUUUUGAGGCAGUUGAUGGUGGAGGUUCGUAUCCUGUCACUGAGUACUAUGGGGCACAAUGCGGUUACACUUACUCUGUUCAGCCUCUGCUUGGCCGUGUGGUGCUGAGAGCCUCAUACUUCUCCUGUCACACAGAAAAUCAGAAUGAUGAGGUUUUCACCUUCAAGUUUAGAAUGAUAAUUGAAGAGCAGAGGGGCAAAGAAUCAUUUGUCAAUGUUUCAAAGACUUGUUACAUUCCACCUUCUCAUCCAAGAGAAGUAACCUGUGAGGAGAACUAUAUGGAGGUAUCUGUUGAAAGUGGUCUUCCCUGCCCUUAUCCUGGUGCUGUUAAAAGUGACUUUUCUGCAGCUUUCUCUGUGGCUCAACAGUCUGCUGUGGAGUCCUUGCAGGUUAUGCUACAAGCAGAGGGUCAACAGCCUGAAGUCAUGUCGACUGAAGAUGUUGCUAAACAGGGCUACUUUAUAAUGCUCACACCAGGCCGGAUUGUCUUUCGUUCAUCCUUUGGACAACCUCAUGCUUCCUUCAGAAUGGUCAAUGGUGUUGCAGUUGAAGUAAUACAUGCCACAGUGUUUUUCAGACAGGGCUGGACUGUUGUCAUGGUGGACCUGGUUGCUGCCUGCUCAUUGGAUCAGGGAUCUUUUGAUGGCAACAGACUUCACUGGAAGACCCCUGCAGUGAUGACUCCACUGCUCAUUGGCCCCUCAGAUUUGAUGAGCGAGUACAUAAGCAUAGGGGUUGAUGGCCAGGUCAUUAACAAACAGGCAGCUGAAGACCGAGGCUAUGCCGUGACUGUAAAUGAGGAGACUGUAGACAGCAGUAUCCCUUUUGCUGCAGAGGGAGGGGUCCGAAAGAGCUUUUUGAUGGACAAUGUAUAUAAUGAGUUGUAUACAGUACAGUUGACCUAUGAGCAAGUGUUUGUGGACCACAGUGGUGCGAGGACCAGGCAAAAUGUGGUUCGACAAAUGGCUACUCCACCAAUUGCUCAUCCCCCCUUUUCAGUCAACCAAACGACACCUGAAGAACGUGUCUUUACUGUCUUUCUGGGUAACAUCCCUUUUGAUGUCGAACUGGUUUCCGUGACUCUAAAUGGGCAGGAGUUUUCGGUCUUGACUGCUGUGCAGAUGGGUUACUUUAUUACCAGAAUCCCACAGGAAAAUAAUACAUGUGCUUACAUCUUGCAAGUUCCGUUUGAUAAUGCUGUAGUGAAAAAACUGUACAUUGCUGAGGGACUCUUUCAGUACAUACUGGAAAUUAACUGGACUUUAAAUAUCAUGCCUCAGGGGGAGGCUUAUUACCACCUUUCUUCUGUGAUGGCUUUGUUCCGUGACAUCUUGCCUCCAGUAUUUGACAGCAUGUGUGCUGACAAUGGCAUAAGCUUCCAGAGGAACCAUCGCGAAUAUGACUACUUGUGGGACUUCACAAUUGGACGCUAUCCUCUGACUGAGCAGCUGGCGUCUGAGCGGGGUUACAUUAUGAACAAUAACAGCAACACCCUCAUCCUGGAUGUCCCUCUGUCUACAAUUGGAUACAUCUACGAGGAGAUUAAUCUGCAACAUUUCUACGGCUCAUUUGAAGUUCUAACCAGAAAUGCUAAAACCCUGUCAGUUGAGCAGUCCUCAGCACAACGCUGCCUCUUCCAAACCACUGAACUCUUGGUGUGCUCCACUGAGGGUGUUCUGACUGUGGUUAGUGACAUUACUCAAGCAGUCCCAUCUAUUGACCCUGGUCGGACCACACUAUUGGACAACAGCUGCAGACCCCUGGAGUUUGAUGACAGAAGAGUUUUGUUUUCUUUUGGGCUUAACACCUGUGGAACUAGAGUUCAGAUUCAUCAGCAGUAUGUGAUGUAUGAAAAUGAGAUCAUAUUUCACAUGUUAUAUUCAACUGACAGCAAGCCAGUCAUAACCAGAGAUGCUGCAUACAGGAUGACUGUGAGAUGCAUUUACCCAGUGCAUGGCACUGAAAGCCUGUUUGUGGACCAGAAGUUCAAAUCCGAGACCCCUGGAAUGGAUCAAUCCAAGGAUCCCGUGAAGGUUAUUCCCCAAAUGCUUAAUCCCAUGUCACUUCAAAAACCAACAAAGCCCUUGAUUCAUAGAGCAAACUUAGUUGCUGAAGUAAGAGACCAAAACAGAAGGAAAAAACCAGCGCAGGCCAUGCCGGCUGAUCAUGUGCGUGUGGUGAAGUGGAGAGCUCCUGUGAAUGCAUAUGAAUUCCGCCAAACUAGGACCUAAUGGAUUAUAUAUUUUGAAAUAUUUAAUAAACCUGUUCUUAAGCAUU